CUCUCUACCUUUUUUUCUAUAAUUUUUCAUCAUUUUUUAUUUGAUUUCUCUCACUGUUACUCUUCGUCGACAGUCAAACUGAAAAUCCGCCGGCGGUUCAUUCUCACUAAUUUCGCCGCCGGUCGCCGUAAUUUCCUACCUCUAACCCGCGGAUCUGCGCUGGGCUCGUGUUCUCUGUUUCCGGAGUUUGAGAUGGGACGUUUAAGGCUGCAAUCUAGCAUCAAGGCAAUUGAAGAGGAACCAGAAGACUGUGAGGCUACCUCUUCCAAUAAGGCUGCGCUGGAAUGUAUGAUUAAUUCAGAGAUAGGAGCAGUGCUGGCGGUCAUGAGGAGGAAUGUGAGGUGGGGAGGUCGUUAUGUGUCUGGCGAUGAUCAGCUGGAGCACUCCCUCAUUCAGUCUCUUAAAACAUUGAGAAGACAAAUAUUUUCAUGGCAAAAUGAGUGGCAAUCAGUCAAUCCUUCAUUGUAUCUCCAACCAUUUCUUGAUGUAAUUCGAUCAGAUGAAACAGGUGCACCAAUAACCAGUGUUGCAUUGUCAUCUAUUUACAAGAUUUUGACUCUUGAUGUGCUGGAUGUAAAUACUGUAAACGUUGAAGAUGCUAUGCACAUGGUGGUUGAUGCUGUUACAAGCUGCAGAUUUGAGGUUACUGACCCUGCAUCUGAAGAAGUUGUAUUAACCAAGAUACUUCAGGUUCUUUUGGCUUGCAUGAAAAGUAAAGCAUCAGUUAUGUUGAGUAAUCAGCAUGUUUGUACGAUUGUGAACACCUGUUUUCGAGUUGUUCAUCAAGCUGGAACUAAAGGAGAACUGUUACAGCGGAUAGCACGCCACACAAUGCAUGAACUUGUUAGGUGCAUUUUUUCACACCUUCCAGAUGUUGAUAACACAGAACGAUCACUGGUUAAAGGAGGGAAUUCUAUGAAAAAUGAGACUGGUGGACUUGAUGCUGAUUAUAGUUUCAGCAGCAAACCAGAAAAUGGUGGUGGAACUUCUGAAUAUGAUGGCCAACUCUCAGCUGGAGCUUUUAAUGCUUCAUCUGGUCUCAUCAGCGGUAUGAUGGAUGAAAGUAAUGCCAGGACUGAUAAUGGGAAGGAUGCAGUUCCUUAUGACUUUCAUCUAAUGACAGAACCAUAUGGUGUACCCUGCAUGGUUGAAAUAUUUCAUUUUCUCUGUUCAUUGCUAAAUGUUGUUGAGCAACCAGGAAUGGGUCCCAGAGCAAAUUCUCUAACAUUUGAUGAAGAUGUACCGCUUUUUGCCUUAGGUUUGAUUAACUCAGCAAUUGAAUUAGGUGGACCCGCUAUUCGCCAUCAUCCUAGAUUGUUGAAUUUGGUACAGGAUGAAUUAUUCCGUAAUCUCAUGCAGUUUGGGCUGUCAAUGAGUCCCUUGAUUCUCUCUAUGGUCUGUAGCAUUGUCCUCAACUUAUAUCAGCAUUUGCGCACCGAGCUGAAGCUUCAGCUUGAAGCUUUCUUUUCCUGUGUGAUAUUGAGACUUGCACAAAGUCGAUUUGGGGCUUCAUACCAGCAGCAGGAGGUCGCAAUGGAGGCCCUAGUUGAUUUUUGUAGGCAGAAAACCUUCAUGGUGGAAAUGUACGCAAAUUUAGACUGUGAUAUAACUUGUGGUAAUGUGUUUGAAGAACUUGCCAAUUUAUUGUCAAAGAGCGCUUUUCCAGUGAAUUGUCCUUUGUCCAGUAUGCACAUUCUUGCAUUAGAUGGUCUGAUUGCUGUGAUUCAGGGAAUGGCUGAGAGGAUAGGCAAUGGAUCAAUUGGUUUUGAACGAACUCCUGUAUAUCUUGAGGAGUAUACUCCAUUUUGGAUGGUGAAAUGCGAGAAUUAUGGUGAUCCUGAUCACUGGGUGCCUUUUGUUCGCAGAAGGAAAUAUAUCAAGAGAAGGUUGAUGAUUGGAGCUGAUCACUUCAACCGGGAUCCAAAGAAAGGACUAGAGUUUCUUCAAGGAACACAUCUGUUGCCUGAAAAGCUUGAUCCGCAGAGUGUGGCUUGUUUUUUCCGCUAUACUGCUGGACUAGAUAAAAAUCUUGUUGGAGAUUUUCUUGGAAACCAUGAUGAAUUUUGUGUUCAGGUUCUACAUGAAUUUGCUGGAACAUUUGAUUUUCAGGAUAUGAACCUUGAUACUGCACUGAGGCUCUUUCUGGAGACUUUUCGACUACCUGGAGAAUCUCAGAAGAUACAAAGGGUGCUAGAGGCAUUCUCAGAGAGAUAUUAUGAGCAAUCACCACAGAUUUUAGCCAAUAAAGAUGCUGCUCUCUUGUUGUCUUAUUCCCUCAUAAUGCUUAACACGGAUCAGCAUAAUGUACAGGUGAAGAAAAAGAUGACUGAAGAGGAUUUCAUUAGGAAUAACCGGCACAUUAAUGGAGGUAACGAUCUCCCGCGUGAGUUCCUCUCUGAACUGUAUUACUCAAUCUGCAAGAAUGAGAUUCGCACCACACCCGAACAAGGUGCUGGUUUUGCUGAAAUGACUCCUAGCCGAUGGAUUGAUUUGAUGCAUAAGUCUAAAAAGACUUCUCCAUACAUCGUAGCUGAUUCCAGAGCCUACCUUGACCAUGACCUGUUGAUGUCUGGUCCAACGAUUGCUGCCAUCUCUGUGGUAUUUGAUCAUGCAGAAUAUGAGGAUGUUUACCAAACAUGUAUUGAUGGGUUCUUGGCUGUUGCAAAGAUAUCCGCAUGUCAUCAUCUUGAAGAUGUUUUGGAUGAUCUUGUAGUGUCUCUGUGUAAGUUCACAACAUUGUUGAAUCCCUCAUCUGUUGAGGAGCCUGUUCUAGCCUUCGGUGAUGAUGCAAAAGCUAGAAUGGCAACUGUUACUGUUUUCACUAUCGCAAAUAGGUACGGUGAUUUUAUUCGUACUGGUUGGAGAAAUAUUCUUGACUGCAUCUUAAGAUUGCACAAGCUUGGCCUUCUACCUGCUCGGGUGGCCAGUGAUGCAGCUGAUGAUUCAGAGAUGUCAUCUGAUCCUGGACAUGGGAAGCCUCUUACAAACUCCCUGUCUUCUGCUCAUAUGCAAGCAAUUGGUACCCCUAGGCGAUCAUCUGGUCUGAUGGGCCGAUUCAGCCAGCUUUUAUCUCUGGAUACUGAAGAGCCAAGGUCACAACCUACUGAACAACAACUGGCUGCUCAUCAACGCACGCUUCAGACAAUUCAGAAGUGCCAUAUUGACAGCAUUUUUACAGAAAGCAAGUUCCUGCAAGCUGAUUCAUUAUUACAGCUUGCACGGGCACUCAUAUGGGCUGCUGGCCGACCUCAGAAGGGUAAUACAUCGCCUGAGGAUGAGGACACUGCAGUUUUCUGCUUGGAAUUGCUAAUCGCGAUUACACUGAACAACCGUGACAGAAUUGGACUUCUCUGGCAGGGUGUUUAUGAGCACAUAGCUAAUAUAGUUCAAUCAACAGUUGUGGCUUGUGCCUUAGUUGAGAAGGCCGGACUUCUUCGUAUUUGCCAGCGGCUGUUGCCAUAUAAGGAGAACUUGGCUGAUGAACUUUUGAGAUCACUGCAACUGGUUCUCAAGCUUGAUGCACGAGUUGCUGACCAAUACUGUGAGCAGAUCACUCAGGAGGUCAGCCGCUUGGUGAAAGCAAAUGCCACUCAUAUUCGGACUCCAAUGGGAUGGCGAACCAUCGCUUCUCUACUCUCUAUCACAGCUAGACACCCAGAUGCUUCUGAAUCAGGAUUUGAAGCCCUCUCAUUUAUAAUGGCUGAUGGUGCCCACCUGUCUCCAGCUAAUUUCAUACUUUGUGUAGAUGCAGCAAGGCAAUUUGCAGAAUCUCGUGUCGGACAGACUGAUAGAUCUGUCCAUGCUGUGGAUCUUAUGGCAGGGUCUGUUGCUUGUUUGGUACGGUGGGCCCAAGAUGCUAGAGAAGCUAUGGCAGAAGCAGAAGCUGCAAAAUUGUGCCAGGAUAUAGGGGAGAUGUGGCUGAGGCUUGUCCAGGGAUUAAGAAAAGUUUGUUUGGACCAGAGAGAAGAAGUCAGAAACCAUGCUCUUCUAUCACUUCAGAUGUGCCUAACAGGAGUAGAUGAGAUUCACCUUCCUCUUGGCUUCUGGCCUCAGUGCUUUGAAAUGGUUAUAUUCACAAUGCUCGAUGAUUUGGCUGAAAUUGCACAAGGGAACCCUCAAACUCAAAAAGAAUACCGGAACAUAGAAGGGACACUUGUUCUUGCCUUGAAAUUGCUCACAAAAGUGUUCUUACAUUUACUCCAGGAGCUAUCGCAAUUGACAAGCUUCUGCAAAUUGUGGCGUAAUGUGAUUGGUCGGAUGGAAAAGUAUAUGAAGCUGAAGGUUAAAAGGGGUGAGAAACUUCAGGAGUUAGUCCCUGAACUUCUCAAGAACACCCUGCUCGUCAUGAAGACAAAGGGAGUCCUCGUUCCGACUAGUACUCUUGGGGGAGAUAACGUGUGGGAACAAACAUGGUUGCAUGUGAAUAAGAUAUUCCCAUCUCUACAAUCGGAAGUGUUCCCUAAUCAAGAUUCAGAGCCUCUACAGUCUAAUCAAUCUGAUGGUGGUAGAAGUCCUAUUUCUAGUGAAACUUCUGCCCAAACCGAAUAGCCAGACGAGCAGAUAACCUGAGAUGAGAUGAUGGGCAGACAACAUCAGCUUAUGUUUAUUGUACCCCUACCCUUCUUCCACUUUCCAAAGUGAAACUUGCCGCAUUAGAUUAGUAUAGCUGGUAGGUUGAAGUUUCCCCUGUCUGUAUCUUUUACGAGUGCUUUACCAUAUAGGAACCACUUUGAAUUUUGUUUUCUGAGCAUACAGGACGACAACAUUGGCAUGAAUGAGAUGGAGGAGGAAGUUGAGUGGGUUCUUUGCAGAGACUGUAGCAUCGUGCUUAUAUUGUACAGAAUUUGAACUUCUAACCUUUAUGACGAGUAUAUUGUAGUUUGUCCCAGGACAGCGGAAGCUUCGCUGU